GGCCGCCUCUGCCGCCGCCGCCGCUUUGUAAGAGGCACAUUGGCAGGUAACGAGCGGCGGCGGCGGCUGCGGGUCCCGAGUUCAACGAGAGCAGCAGCGAUUUUGUAUUUUGUACAUACAUUUUGUAUAUUGUGUAUAUGAUGACUUCUGUGAGCAAUGAUCGUUGCCGAGGUGCUCGGGAAAAACCACAGAUGCCAACAACACAUGCAGCACAGUCACAGAAACAAGUGGUACAGGCAACGGCUGAACAGAUGCGGCUUGCUCAAGUGAUCUUUGAUAAGAAUGAUUCAGAUUUUGAAGCUAAAGUUAAACAGCUUAUGGAAGUGACGGGAAAAAAUCAGGAUGAAUGCAUUGUGGCCCUACAUGACUGUAACGGCGAUGUGAACAAAGCUAUCAAUAUACUGCUGGAAGGGAAUUCUGACACCACUUCAUGGGAGACUGUAGGAGGGAAGAAGAAGAAUUUUGGAAGAGAAAGCUCAGAAAACAAAGAAAACAGAGAGAAGAGGACGGAGAGAGAAGCAAGUCGUGGACGGGGCAACAACAACCGCAAGGGAAGAGGUGGCAGCCGCGGCCGAGAGUUCAAAGGUGAAGAGAAUGGGACUGAUUGCAGCCAAGGAGACAAGCCUGCAGAGCGAGGCAAGCGGGCCCGCGGCAGAGGAUUUGGACGUGGCAGGGGCAGAGGGACAGGAAGGUUCUCCGCUCAAAGCAUGGGGACGUUCAAUCCUGCAGACUAUUCAGAGUCCAUGUCUACAGAUGGCUGUGGGACAAAGUUGGUAGUUUGGGAAGCUGCUCAGAACGGUACAGAUGAGGGAUCUGAAGGGCUGGCAAAGCCUCACAGUAUAUCUCAGGAGCUGCCAAGUAAAAGUUCUUACGGACUUAAAGGUGCCUGGAAGAAUUCUGUGGAAGAGUGGACAACAGAAGACUGGACUGAAGAUCUUUCUGAAACAAAAGUCUUCACUGCAUCGUCUGUUCCAGCAGAGAGUCAGGUCACGCCUGGACAGAGCAUUGAUCUGGUGGCCUUGCUCCACAAGCCUGCUCCUCCCACCCAAGCCGCGGAAGUCAACUCCUUUGAAACGUCCCAGCAGCAGGGCUUUGGCCAAGCUCUUGUCUUCACAAAUUCUCAGCACAACAAUCAGAUGGCACCAGGGACUGCAAACUCCACUUCUGCCAGCUCAUAUUCUCCUCAGAGUUUGUCAUCCGUCCUUGGCUCAGGGUUUGGAGAGCUGGCUCAGUCAAAAAUGGUGAACAUCUCCAACUCCCAGAUUUUGGACAAGUUGAAACCACCAGGUUUGAGCCCAUUUCCUGCUGCUUCAAGUGCACAGCAGAACGACACUGCAAGCCCCCCAGCCACCACUGCUGCUUGGGACCUCAAGCCCUCGGCACCCCAGCCCUCAGUCCUCGGUCAUUUGGACUUCAAAUCUCAGCCUGAACCAUCUCCAGUUCUCAGCCAGUUGAGCCAGCGACAGCAACACCAGACCCAAGCUGUCAGUGUUCCUCCUCCUGGUUUGGAGUCCUUUCCUUCUCAGGCAAAACUCCGAGAAUCAACACCGGGAGAUGGUCCUUCUACUGUCAACAGACUUUUGCAGCUUCCUAACAUGGCUGUUGAAAAUAUUGUAUCUGCCCAUCAACCACAGCCCAAACACAUUAAACUCCCUAAGCGACGGAUACCUCCAGCUUCUAAGGUUCCCGUGUCUGCAGUGGAAAUGCCCGGCUCUGCAGAUGUCACAGGGCUGAAUGUUCAAUUUGGUGCCCUAGAAUUUGGAUCAGAGCCAUCUCUCUCUGAGUUUGGAUCAACAGCUUCAGCCAGUGAAAAUAGUAAUCAGAUUCCUAUCAGCUUAUACCCGAAGUCUUUAAGUGAGCCCUUGAAUGCCUCUUUCCCAAUGACCAGUGCUGUACAGAGCUCCACCUACACAACCUCAGUCGUUACCUCCUCCACUCUGACCAGCUCGGCCUUGAGCUCCACUAGCCCAGUAACAACUUCCUCCUCUUACGACCAGAGUGCUGUGCAUACCAGGAUUGCAUACCAAAGCUCUGCGAGCCCACCAGACUCAGCUCCAGGCUCGGUUGCUAACGGACAUGGUGGUGGUCGAAGUCAGCACACAGUAGACACUACUUCAUCCGCUCCAGCUCCAAAGAAGACAGACCCCUCUGCCCUCCCGUCUGUGAGCUCCCUACCCAGCCCCGCCUCCUGCACUGCACUUCUGCCCUCUUCGUCCCAGCACACUGCCACUUUGCCCUCCUUGACCCCGUCUGGUGACCUGUCCAGCAGCCCUCUUUCUCAGAUCAACAGCUCCCUUUCUGGCCACCAGAACAGCUUGUCCUCUGCACAUACAACGCGUUCCACAAGUACGCCACAUACUCAUGCCAGUGUGGAGAGCACCGUGUCCUCAGCUGCCUUCUCAACAGCAGCAACCUCUGCUCCAAGUGCCCCAUCCUCAGGGGUUGUCCUGCCUGGGAGCAUGAGCACUGUGAGCAGCCUAUGCCUGAGUGGGACCACUGUGAGCGUACCUAGCAGCAGUACCAGGGCCACAGCCUUGGUGACCUCAGGCAAAGCACCCCCAAACCUGCCUCAAGGGGUGCCUCCCCUGCUACACAAUCAGUACCUCGUGGGCCCUGGAGGGCUGCUUCCUGCUUAUCCGAUCUACGGUUAUGAGGAGCUCCAGAUGCUGCAGUCACGGCUGCCAAUGGAUUACUAUGGAAUCCCCUUUGCAGCACCCACAGCCCUUGCCAGCCGAGAUGGGAAUCUAGCUAAUAAUCCAUAUUCAGGUGACGUCACCAAGUUUGGCCGAGGAGACUCUGCAUCCCCUGCACCUCCCGCAGCACCAGCUCAGGCACAGCAGAGCCAGUCUCAGACCCACCACACGGCCCAGCAGCCCUUUUUGAAUCCUGCUCUGCCACCUGGCUACAGCUAUACUGGCCUCUCCUACUACACAGGCGUGCCCAGUGCCUUCCAGUAUGGGCCCACUAUGUUUGUCCCUCCAACCUCAGCUAAGCAGCACGGUGUGACCCUUAGCACUCCCCCGGCCCCCUUCCAGCAGGCCAGUGGCUAUGGGCAGCACACUUACAGCACAGGUUAUGAUGAUUUGACCCAGGGGACAGCGGCAGGAGACUACACCAAGGGUGGCUAUGGUGGAUCAUCUCAGGCACCAAACAAGUCGACUGGUUCUGGGCCUGGCAAAGGAGUGUCAGUAUCUUCAGGCACUGGUUUACCUGAUAUGACUGGGUCUGUCUACAACAAGACACAGACUUUUGACAAGCAGGGAUUUCAUGCAGGGACUCCUCCACCUUUCAGCCUGCCUUCGGCCUUGGGCUCCACUGGGCCCCUGGCCCCUGGAGCGGCCCCUGGCUACGCACCUGCCCCAUUCCUGCACAUCAUGCCGGCCCACCAGCAGCCCCACUCCCAGCUGCUGCACCACCACCUACCGCAGGAUGCCCCGAGUGGCUCUGGUCAGCGCAGCCAGCCCAGCUCCCUGCAGCCCAAGUCUCAAGCCUCCAAACCCACCUACGGCAACUCUCCAUACUGGACAAACUAGACCCUGAAAAGGAGAGGGUGGGCUCCUUGGGCAGGGUGUACUCUGGGCAGGAGAGAACACAUGGAGCGCAUUUCUGGGAGCCCGGUGCCCUUCCUAGGAUUCUGAGACAUAACUGUCAGCCUCUGUGGGAAGCCUGCCUCCCAGCCCCACUGUUGUAUGUAAUGUAUUUAUGUAUGUAUUUGUAAAUGUGUAGAAGCCUGGAGGAGCUGUGGCUACGGGUAGCAUACAGGUGUGCUCUCCCGUCUGGACACCUUUACUAUAGCCAAGCAGGCCCCACCCCAACCCUCUGCCUUCAGACCUUCCAUGUGGCCCCAGCUCAGUGGGCUGCUGGGUGUGUCACUGAAGGACUGGUGGUUUGGGGCUGGGUCAGUACCAAUGAAGAAUCACGACUUAUCUCAUUCCCUGUGAACCAUUAUGUUUUUCCCUCUGUAAUUACUUCAUACUUGUUUUUGAAAAACUAAUCCUUUUGUCAUUUGUCAUGGUGCCCCUUCCAACAAAUCUUAAUCUGGAAAUAAAAGAAAUGACCCCUGUCCAGCAUAAGCCUGGUGCCCAAAGCACAGCAGGGGCUUCUGCUUUGGGUCUGGUCCUGCUGUAGGGACUUGUCUUUUCUGACCAACCAUUUUAAAAAAACAUCUGAACUAGGUCUCAGAGAUGUUCAGCCAGUGAGCUCCCUUAUAAAGAAAUCAAAGAUCUGCUUCCAUCUCAGUGAAAGCCUGUCUCCACACAAAGGCUCCUCUACACCAGUUGUCCUGAACCAGGUGGACAACUGAUUCAGGGUUUUCUCUUGCCCAAACUCCACCUAAUAAAGUUCUGAAAGUAA